UUUAGCACCAGACGGCGACGCACACCACAAACUCGACACACAAACACGCAGGGUUUGACGGAUGGUCUGGUUCCUGAAUUUGCUUUGCUCUCUUCGGUUCCGUCCCUCUCGUUUCCAUUGGUCAAUUUCAAGCAAAGCAAGCACACCGUUGCAGUCACCAACACAAUCACCAACACAACACAUCACACCAUGUCUUCCUCCGCAGAAUGGUCGCCCGACUCCUGGCGCUCAAAACCCAUCAAGCAGGCUCCCGCCUACCCAGACGAAGCCGGCUUGAAAAAGUCCGUCAAAGAAUUGGGACGGCUACCCCCCAUUGUCCACCCAAAGGAGAUUGUCGCACUCAAGCAGCACCUCCGUGAUGUGGCACUCGGCGAGGCUUUCCUGCUCCAGGGCGGUGACUGUGCGGAGCUGUUCGACUACUGCGAGCCCAAUGCAAUCGAGUCAAAGAUCAAGCUGCUGCUGCAGAUGAGUCUGGUUCUCGUCUGGGGUGCCGACAAGCGCGUGGUGCGCAUUGGCCGUAUGGCUGGCCAGUAUGCCAAGCCCAGAUCGAGCCCUACAGAACUGGUUGACGGUGUGGAGAUGCCUUCAUUCCGCGGCGACAUUCUCAACGGCUUCCACGUUGAUGAGCGUGAAAUUGACCCGCAGAGACUCGUGAAGGCCUACCAGUAUUCUUCGGCAACCCUCAACUACAUCAGAGCAUGCCUCUCAUCAGGCAUCGCCGAUCUCCACAAGCCACUGGACUGGGGCCUGGGCCAUGUCCGGGACCCGGAGCUCAAGAGGAAGUACUCCGAGGCCGUCCUCUCCCUCACAGACAUGCUCCGCUUCCUCCACACCAUCGGCGCCGACCGAAGCGACAAGCUGGACACGGUCGACCUCUUCACCAGCCACGAGGGCCUCCUCCUCGAGUACGAGCAGCCGCUGACCCGCCUCCUGGAGACGCCCGUCCCGCGUCCCACAGCAAACGGCAACGGCCCCCGGAACGACAGCAGCAGCGGCCCCACCGAGACUAAGAAGGAGUACUACGACACCUCGGCCCAUUUCCUCUGGAUCGGCGACCGCACCCGGCAGAUCGACGGCGCCCACGUCGAGUUCUUCCGCGGCAUCGCCAACCCGAUCGGCAUCAAAGUCGGACCCACCACGCCCGUGGACGACCUCCUCGCCCUGCUGCGCGCCCUCAACCCGGACAAGGAGCCCGGCAAGAUCACCCUCAUCACGCGGUACGGCGCCUCGAAAGUGCGCUCGCUGCUGCCGGCGCACAUCCGCGCCGUCGAGGACAGCGAGUACCACCGCUGCGUGGUCUGGCAGUGUGACCCCAUGCACGGCAACACGGUCUCGACGGGCGGCGGCAUCAAGACGCGGCGCUUCCGCGACAUCUUUGAGGAGCUGCAGGAGACGCUGCGCAUCCACAAGGAGCAGAAGAGUUACCUCGGCGGCGUCCACCUCGAGCUCACUGGUGAUGCCGUGACGGAAUGUCUGGGUGGUAGCGAAGGGCUGGACGAGGAUGAUUUGUCGACCAACUACACGAGUUUCUGCGACCCGAGACUCAAUGAGAAGCAGGCGCUCGAGUUGGCGUUCUUGAUUGCGGAUCACUACAGGAACGAGAGAAGACCGGUUUUGUAA